AUGGCGCUCGUCAGAUUAGUAGCAUAUUGCCUCACGAUGAUAACUCUUCGCUGGUUACUUCGCUCGCCUCUCUCUCCCUCUCGCACACUCCCUCCCCCGCGCUUCCCCUCCCCAUGCUCUCCGCCCUCCGCCACCUCUCCCUCGACCGCUGCCGCGCUCUCCGCGCGCUCCCCGCAUCCCUCCCCGCCGCCCUCCCCCUUCUCGAAACCCUCGAGCUCCGCGAAUGCGCCCUGCUUUCCGCCGUCCCCGCCUGCCUCCCCGCGCGCUUCCCCCGCCUCCGCGCGCUCACCCUCGCCUACCUCCCCUCACUGCGCACCCCGCUCCCCGCGCUCCUCUCCGCAUCCCCCCCGCCUGCUCCAGGCACAGCGGAGGAAGCGGAAAACGGCAGGGGAGAACGGGGAACCUUUUAUCGAGCCAGCUUGUAAGGAGGAUGCGGGGGAGAGCAGUGCGGGACUGGCCCGGCUGGAGCUACUGGGAUGGAAGCAGAUGCAGGAGUUACCCGCCGAAGCCCUCACCUCUCUCUCCGCCUCCCUCACUCACAUCACCAUUUCCAACUGCCCCGCCCUCUCCACUCUCCCGGACGAGCUGUGUCAUCUGCCCCACCUCCGCUCCCUCACUCUCUCCUUCCUCCCACUCAUCACCUCCCUCCCUGCCUCCCUCCACCUCCUCUCCCACUCGCUCCAUCAUCUAGACAUCACCUCGUGUGAUAUGCUGCAGAGUCUCCCCGCGUCCCUCACCGCCCUCUCCGCCCUGCGCUCCUUGAAUGUCUCCGCCUGUGGCGCCCUCGCCCGCCUGCCGUCCGCGCCUGCGGCGCUGCCGCCCGCUCGUGCUGCGGAUAGGGAAGCAGGUGCGGGGAAUGGCGGCAGUGGCAACAGAAUCGCCAGCAACAGCAGCAGCAGCAACACCACCACCACCACCACUCAGGCGCCCCUCCCCCUGCUGCCAUCGCUCACCAGCCUACGCGUCGCUCUCUGCGCGCGCCUCACCGCGCUGCCUCGCACCUGGAUGCACCUGCCGUCACUGCAAGAGCUGAUCCUGGACUCCAUUGUCCGUUGCUCACCGCCCUCCCCUCCUACCUCUACCGCCUCUCCUCCCUGCAAUCCCUUGUCAUCCAUUCCUGUGCGUCCCUGA